GCGGCGCUUCCUGAGGAUCCUGGCCGUGCUGUUCCCGCGAUGGCCCUCGCCCAGCGCGCUCAUGUUCCUCACCCUGCUGCUCGUGGCCCUGCUGGAGCAGCUGAUCAUCUACCAGGUCGGUGUGAUACCCAGCCAGUACUACGAGGUGCUGGGGAACAAGGACUUCUCCGGGUUCAAAGCACUGACUGCCGUUGCUGUCACGCUGAUCGUAGUCAACUCUACGCUAAAAAGCUUCAACCAGUUUAUCUGCAACCAGAUGUAUGUGAGCUGGAGGAAAUCCCUCACCGAAUACCUGCACAGCUGUUACUUCCAGGGCCAGGUCUACUACAGCCUGCACGUGCUGCGCGAGGACAUCGAUAACCCAGACCAGCGCAUCAGCCAGGAUGUGGAGAGGUUCUGCAGGCAGCUCAGUUCCAUGGCAAGCAAGCUGGUCAUCUCGCCCUUUGCGCUGGCCUACUACACAUACCAGUGCUUCCACAGCACAGGCUGGCUAGGCCCAGUGAGCAUCUUCGGGUAUUUUGUCAUUGGGACAACUGUUAACAAAGUGCUGAUGAGCCCCAUAGUGUCAACACUCGUGCAGCAGGAAAAGCUGGAGGGGGAUUUCAGGUUCAAGCACAUGCAGAUUCGUGUCAAUGCAGAACCCGCUGCUUUCUACAGGGCUGGACGAGUGGAGCACGUGCGCACGGAGCGCAGGCUGCAGAGCCUCCUGCAGACCCAGAGGGAGCUGAUAGGGAAGGAGCUCUGGCUGUACAUUGGGAUCAAUACCUUCGACUACCUGGGCAGCAUCCUGAGCUACAUGGUCAUAGCCAUUCCCAUCUUCUCUGGCGUGUAUGGUGACCUCAGCCCAACAGAGCUCAGCGCGCUGGUCAGCAAGAACGCCUUUGUUUCCAUCUACCUCAUUGGCUGCUUCAGCCAGCUCAUCGAUCUCUCCACCACCGUGACCGAUGUCGCUGGCUACACCCACAGGAUUGGGGAGCUACAGGAAACCUUGCUGAGCCUUGGUAGGAAAAAAAACACUAACUACUCAGAAGCCAAAGACAGCUGGGACCUGGACAGCAGCCAUGCUGGGGAGGACCCAGUGCCAGGGGACACGGCUUUCCUUCUGAAGCGAGUGACACUCUCGGUGCCAUCCUCUGGCAAACUGCUCAUCAAGGACCUGAGCCUCAGGAUCUCACAAGGGAACAGUGUGAUGAUUGUGGGGAACACUGGCACUGGGAAGACGUCUCUCCUGAGGGUCCUCGGGGGACUCUGGGAGAGCACACAGGGGCACGUGGAGAUGCUGACCUGCUUCGGGCCCCGCGGGGUCGUGUUCCUGCCGCAGAGGCCCUUCUUCACGGACGGCAGCCUGCGCGAGCAGGUGAUCUAUCCUCUGAGGGAGAUCUAUCCAGUUUCAGGGUCUGCAGACGAUGAGAGAAUUGUUCGGUUCCUGGAGCUAGCGGGGCUGUCUGAUUUGCUGGCAAGGGCUGGAGGACUGGACCAGCAGGUGGACUGGAACUGGUAUGACGCCCUCUCGCCAGGGGAGAUGCAGAGGUUGUCAUUUGCACGGCUCUUCUACCUCCAGCCCAGAUAUGCAGUGCUAGAUGAAGCCACCAGUGCCUUGACAGAAGAGGUGGAGCACGAACUGUACCGUGUGUGCAUUCAGCUGGGCAUGACCCUGGUCAGCGUGGGACACAGAGCUAGCCUGGAAAAGUUCCACAGCUGGAUUUUGAAACUUCAUGGGGAGGGAAGAUGGGAGCUCACACGAUGUGAGAAAACAAAGCGACUACCAGCUGAAGGAUGCUGAAAAAUAUGUUCCAGUCUGACCAGCU